AGCCUCAUAUUAGUUAUGGAUUUCUAUGCUUACUUCAACCCCUCUCCCGGCUCACUCUGCACUUGCUGCUCUUGUUAUUUUUGGACUCUUCAUGCCUAAACAUUAAUAGUACUGUGAAAUCAUGCAUGGAGGAAGAGAGACUGGCACUUCUUAGCUUCAAACAACAUCUCACUGAUCCGUCUGGCAGACUUUCUUCUUGGGUUGGUCAUCAAUGUUGCCGAUGGAGGGGGAUUUCAUGCAACAACCACACUGGUCAUGUCACAGCCAUUGAUCUCCAUAAUAAAUAUCCAGACACCGUUUCUGAUUACCUGUGGAACUCCACGGAGCAUGAAGAAUCUAUAUUGUUUGCUUCGUGAACUUUUCAUGGUGAACCGCCGAGUAAAUGCCCCAGGCUUCCCUCUGUGGCUUCAAUCUCAAACUAAGCUCAUUUAUGUCAGACUUAGGAAUGCUGGAAUCUCGGGUGCAAUACCAGAUGAAUGGAUGUCUAAUAUCUCUUCUCAAAUCCGAUACCUGGAUUUACCUAACAACCAAAUAAGCGGGAUGCUUCUGUUCCGUUUCAACUUUCCAAAUUUAUAUUAUAUAGAUUUAAGAACUAAUCAAUUUGAUGGGCGCCUCCAGCUUUCCUCCACUAAUGCUCCAACGUUAGAAUAUCUAUAUCUUGGUUAUAAUUACUUGAAUGGAACUAUUCCAUCAUCUAUUUGCACUAUUCAGUCUAUAUAUUGUAUUGCUCUGAACAACAAUCAGUUUUCUGGGAAAUUCCUUCAAGAAUGGGGUUCUUGGAACUCCAUAGGAGUUGUGGAUGUCUCGAACAACUUUUUGUCUGGUAGCAUUCCAACGUCAAUGGGUGUUCCGAGUUCUUUGCAAGUAUUAAGAAUGGACAACAACCAUUUUAGCGGAGACAUUCCUUCUUCCUUGCAAAAUUUGUCAACUUUGGACAGACUUUAUCUCGGAGGCAACAACUUUACCGGAAGCAUACCUUCUUGGAUAGGAUCAAAAGUAUCUUUAUUGGAAGUGCUACAAUUGCGAUCCAACUUUUUAAGUGGACAUAUACCUAUACAAUUGUGCACUCUUUCUAACCUUCGGAUCCUGGAUUUGGGUCACAACAACUUAUCAGGGACUAUUCCAAAGUGCUUUCUUAAUCUGACUUCUCUAGUCAAUGAUCGUGGUUACUGGAACUCCUCAAGUUAUUGUGGUCAUGAUUUAACAGCUGUGACAUUAAAAGGAAGAGAAUUGGAAUAUGAGGAAGAAUGUGCUCAACUUCUAACCUGUUGGCGUGAGUCAAUAUACAACAACCGGAUCUCACCAACCAAAUCUCUAGCCGUAGUAAUUGACAAACAAUCUUUGGUUUCAUACUUGAUAAUUUGUAAUCUAGAAUCCUAUAAAUACAUUGAUCAAUCAAUAAGAAUUCAAUCUAUAUUCUUUUCAUCUUGGUAUCAAAGCAAACAAAAAAUGCUCUGUUUUUCUGGGUUUUCUUUUUCCGGCAGAUUUUUUCUUUGGAGCUCCUCCUGCUCCUUUCUUCCCUGCCGGCCGCCCUCACUUCCGUCGAGCUCACACGUGCCAACCCACCGGACAUCUGCUAGUCACUUCGCACGUACCCCGACGGUUUCUUCUUAUUGUAUACACCCUGCGACGACGACGUACUCCACCCCCGGCGCCGCUCUCUACCACUGUGCGUCAAACGACGCGUAA